CGCUGCGCUUCAGACUCACACACUGCAAGAGGAACAUGCCAACAAAGAUUUAAGUGUGACUCAACUGUAGGGAAUGUAACAAAGAAACUGUCUACGGUAAAAGUAGAUUGUGUGUAGCCUAAAGUAGAGGAUUGUUACUGUUUUCCUGACGUUUGCUUUCAUGAAAGUUGAUUUCACUGAUGAGAAGCGGCACUCGGACUAACGUUAGCUGUUGAGUUUUGGGGCAAUUCUUCUGCGGCACUCGGACUAACGUUAGCUGUUGAUUUUUGGGGCAAUUUUUCUUCUACGGUAUGUGUAGGAUACUUUGAUGCUGUUCAAAAAAUGCUGUCAUUUUGUCGUGUUCUUGUUACAUUUCAAAGUGGUGGCGUGACAGCUGCGAAUAAUUUUUAGGAACCGAGGUGCGCUUUUUUGGCAUCUAUCUCACGGAGUAGGCUAUUGAAGUCUUCUUGGAUCCCGAAUACUUUUGAAAGGGUAUAGCCAACUCAUUGUACGGGAUUCUCUAUCGGUGAAGAACCGGAAUAUGGCUGCGGCUUUUGUCUGCACACUUUUUCUGCUCGUGAAGGUUGCCCUGGGAGAUGCCUGUGUCAGUGGGCAGUUCAGCCAGUCAGGGGAGUGCUGUAGCCACUGCCCCCCAGGCCAUGGGGUGGAGGUAGAGUGUGGGAUGGAGGACACCAAGUGCCAGCCUUGCCCUGAGGGAACGUUCUCCCCAUCAGACGGUCUCUCCCCGUGCCUCCCCUGUGCCCGCUGCCCGGCUGGCAUCCCAGAGCUGGCCUCCUGCAGCGCCACCCUGGAUACCCACUGUGACUGUGACGAGCACUUCUACCUAUGGCGGGAUGGGACGAGCGUGGCGGGGCUGUGUGCCGCCUGCACUAUGUGCGGGCGAGGCGAGGGGGCGGUGAGGCCGUGCGGUGCCCAGGGGAACACCCAGUGCCAACCAUGCCGCCAGGGAACGUUCUCAGAGGAGAAGAGUAACACCAAGCCAUGCCAGGCGUGCUCUCAGUGCUCUGACACCGAGGUGGAGAUCAGAGCCUGCCAGCUCAACUCUGACACUCUCUGCAUGGAUAAGAAGCUCCACAUCCUGUCUCGUCCCCCUGAGUCUGACGGCCCUCUGACUGCUCCUCGCCUGCCUGGGUUAGGGUUGGUGGAUAAUGACGAGGAGGGGGACGAGGCCAGCCCUGCCCCUGGAGGAAGAGCGGCCCCCGGGGGCCCCGGGUUCACCCCUCAGGAUGAUGGGAGCAGGAACAACAUCCUGGUCUACGUUUCUGUUCUGGCUGCCGUGGUGCUGGGCCUGCUGCUCUACGUCGCCUACAAGUGCUGGACGUCAUAUAAGCAGAAGCAGGCGUUGAGUAAAGCCCGUGCUGCAGAGCUGGGGACGACUCCUGAAGGAGAGAAACUCCACAGUGACAGCGGAGUGUUCCUGGACUCACACAGCCUGCAGGAUAGCCAACCAAGCAAAGGUAGUAAGAGGGACAGUAAGCAGGACAGCCGGCUGUACAUCAACCUGCCCCCCCACAGACAGGAGGAGGUGGAGCGUCUCCUCCAGGAGGGGGGCGAGGGCCGCGGAGGCUCCUGGAGGAUCCUGGGGACAGCGCUGGGUUACGAGCCCGAGCUGAUGGACCUGUUUGGGCGCGGCGAGGCCCCUGUACACACCCUCCUCUCCAACUGGGCCCAGCAGGAGGGCUCCACCCUGGGACUGCUGUGCUCAGCGCUGGCCCGCAUCGAGAGGCCCGACGUGGCCGCCGCUCUCACCUGCCCUGGCCAGGGGGUGUCUGUGGUCUGAGGGGGGAAGCCAGGUCUGCGUCCCAAAUGGCACCCUAUUCCCUAUAUAGUGCACUACUGGUAAGGUAAUGGGCCCUGGUCAAAGGUAGUGCACUACAUAGUGAGCCACGCAGCCCCAGAGCCUUCCUCAGCCUUUCUCAUGAGCCUGAUAAAACUGGGUUGCGUUCAUUACAAACCAAAACGGAAGAAAACGGACUGAAUCAGGGAGGGACGACCUGAACUUGAACCAGUUGUUUUCGUUUUCCGUUGUGAAAACCUACUGCUGCGGUGUGUACUAAUGAAUACGACCCUUGUGGACUUAGGAGAGGAUGGAUUGGGCAAACAGCCCUCCUUCUCUCCCAGUGGGAUAGCAUGGCAUGCCAGGGGAGGUACUCUUGACUUCCCCAUAACGCCUCAGAAAUUUGAACUGAAGAGGGCAGUGGAAGGGUUGUUGCUGGUUCGUUGGGCUGGUUCAUCCUCUAUUCGAAAUGUACAGUAUAUCCACCAUCCUUCCAGUAUAUAUAUAUAUAUAUAUAUUUUAAAAAAUGACCAUACUUGUGCAUAGUCUGCCCAAGCGUUCUAGGAAUGGGUAUUUAUUUGCAGCAAUGUCAGGAGGAUCCACUCUCUUUCCUGAUUUGUUUUGCAGCAAUGUGAGGAGGAUGCACAACAGCUGACUCUAACUAACUGAACAGGCAUGGGAACCAGAUACUCUGUGGAACAUUCUUUAGAACAUGGAAUAAAGGCAUUCUGUUCAUAUUAACAACCAGUCAUGAAUUUUAAGACCAUUGUAAAUAUUUGAUCAUAGAUUCAUUGUAAUAUAGUGUUAGAAAGGUUUUCAAGCAUGAAGGGGCAACCGCGAACAUAGUUGACUGAAGCAACAUAGCAUACAUGAUGACUCUCUCUCUCUCUCUCAGCUCUUAGCCACUCUCUCUUAAAGACAUUGGGAGCCCUCAAGUCAGUAAUGUACUAUCAGCAUUGCUAAUCACCGUCUCUCUCCUAUCAUGGUUUCUGGUGUGGCUUGCUAUCCAGAACGUUAUUGUUAUGUAACAAUCAAUCACUUAUUUUUGUCUAUAUUCUAAAACGUCAUGUGUAUUUUUUGUAAGAUGUUGUUUCAUAGAAAUAAAAUGCUUUUGAAGGUAUGAGUGAGUGAGAGUCAAACGGUGCUCUCUGAGCUUGUUGUGUUACAUGUUCUGACAAGUACAGUGGUUUCAGUCCUACCUGAACGUAAAAGCAAGCAGCUACCUGCUCUGUGGUAGUUUAUACUGAAGAUAAUCAAUGGGCGUCUUUGUUCUUUGUUUGUUUCAGUAACUUAACAGGAGUGUGACUUGUAACAUAAAUUAAACAAGUAUGUGGUCAUGCCAAGUCAGAGGAAAGUAUAAUAGGCUUUCAUUUAAUUCUCACCAUUAGUACUGAAUCUGAGGAGACUUCCAUUUAACUCUCACCAUUAGUACUGAAUCUGAGGAGACUUCCAUUUAACUCUCACCAUUAGUACUGAAUCUGAGGAAUAUAAUUUUAUACUAGGAAUAAGUGAAUUUGUUUUUCCACAGAAUGGCCAAAGGGCACAUAUGGAGAUGUCAUAAUAAUUUACAGUUAUUAAAUGUUGGUCUUGAAUGAAUCAUAAUACAACUCUUUGUAACUGUUCUAUUAAAUAUUCUUAAAUAAAACCGC